AUGUAUGCAUGGAGAUUAAUGUGUAGAGAAAAAAUUAGCAACUUAUUCUUUCAUUUGAGGUCAAGUGGCAGCAACGGUUGGACACAUAGUAGUUUGAUUAGUUUCUUACGGCUAUUCAGCAAUGAAUGUGGCGGUGGGAUGAAUACGAGUCAGUUGGAUGAGCGUGUUCGACUAGGGAAGCAAGAUCAGAAUGAUUGGUUGUUGGCUAUUAAAAGUCAAAGAGAUCAAGAAUCUCCAAAUUUAACAAAUCGUCAAAUAUUCGCAAAGGAGUUUAGAAGAAGGAUUAUUCCAUGGGACAAAUUAACAGUUUCAUGGGCAAAUUUUCCUUACUAUAUUUGCAAGUACUCAAAAGAAGUUCUAGUAGAAUGUGUUAUUUCUUAUAUGAAGCAUGAUAAAUUUGCUACAGCUUCAAAGAGGAGAAUACUUCUGCAGAGUGUUUCAGGUACGGAUCUUUACAAAGAAAGAUUAGUUAAAGCAUUGGCACAUGAUCUAAAAGUUCCAUUAUUGGUUCUUGAUAGCAAUGUUUUGGCUCCUUAUACUUUGGUGGGGAUGGAUGAAUCAAGUGAUCUUGAUGAUGACAGUGAAAAAGAAUCUUUUUCAGAAUCUGACACUGAUGAUGAAAAUGAUAAAAUUGAUAGAAUCUCUUCCUGUAAACCAUCGAAAUCAAAGGUUGUUGAGUCAUCUGAAUCCAAGAGACCUAUGAAGAAAGGUGACCGAGUAAAAUACAUCAUUGAUCCAUCCUCCGUUGGUACUAAAAAAAGUGAUUUGGCUAGUGGUCAACGUGGGGAGGUCUUUGAGGUGAAUCAGGAUAAUGUUGCAGUUGUUUUUGAUAGUGAUGAUGCAACCAAGAAAAUUUUUUUACUGCAUUGGCUAGAUGUUAAGGUAAUUGAGCAUGAUGAAGAAAGUCAGGCUCAAGACGCCAUUGAAGCUUUGAAUGAGGUCCUGCAUUCUAUACAGCCUCUUAUUGUUUAUUUCCCAGAUCCAUCUGUGUGGUUUUCAAGGACUGUUACCGAGGCAAGACGUGAAGUGUUCCUUAACAAGCUGCAGAAGAUGCUCGAUGAUCUAUCGGGUCCUGUUGUCUUGAUAUGUGGUGAAAACGAAGAAGAAACAGAUUCUUCUUCAGAUGAGAAAUCUGCAUUUCUUCUAUCUGUAUAUAGUAUAACCUCUUUUCCAUUGUGUCCAACAGACCAAUACAUGAUUGUUUCAUUACAAGAGGAAGGGGAAGAGGAAUGGAAAGGACAAGAGGGAAAGAAAGACAACUUGUUGAAACAUCAGGAUCUUUCCCUUCUCGAACUACUUAUUAAGGGACUGAAAUCCACGAAGAGUUUAGAAGGUUAUGAAAUUCUUCAGCUAUUUGCUAAUGUGAUGAGCAUACAUCCUCCAACAGAGAAAGAUGUCUUGAGAACAUUUAAUGAACAACUCUUAGAGGACAUGACAAUUGUUUUAAAUGGAAGUAACAUAACUGAACUACAAAAGGUCCUUGAAGAACAUGAUUUGACAUGUAUGGAUCUAUUGGAUGUGAUUGAUAAUGAUGAGGUGAUACUUAACAAGCGAAGCAGCCUCGGCAUCAUCCGUCCAGAAGAACUUAACCCCCUUCAUACAAUCAGUGAUAGGAGCCGUAACACUGCUGAAGUGAGGAAUAAAACGCCGAUAGAAGGAAGCCAAACCAUGAAAACUGCGAACUUCAGUGAUCGAAGAGGGGCGGGGCCACUGAUUGACAGCCAGUACCUUACUUGGGUCCACUUUCAGGCCCUCCCGAGACACCACAUAACCGAGGAACUGGGUAGAAUCAGUAAGAAAUGUGCACUUCGAGGAAGCAGCAUAGAACUUGUCACGCCGGAGAACAGAUAA